UUGCCGCGAACAUCGCGUAUGCAAAGAUGUGUUUACUUCGACUUAUACGUCGGCUGGCGCUUAUCAGUGUUACGUUGAGCCUGCUGUUCAGAUGAACAUUAUCAUUCGACAAGUGAGGAUCAUAUUUCGCAUAACUGUGAAACCCCUUUCAGCAUCAUGGCAUACGGCGUUAGAGCUUUCUUGCCCUUAUUCUGCAUUCUCCUGAUUCCGCUUGUUUCUAGUGUCCGGGUAUAUGAUUGCGAACCGGGCACCGAAUCGACCCUGUGCAUUGUCAAUUAUCUGGCCUACACUCCGGGACAGGACCCGUUACCGCAAGUGAAUCGGUCGGACACUGUGAAACGUGUUCAGCUGAACUACGAACGCUUUUACUAUCAGCGGAAGGCUCUUUUAAAUGUGUACGAUGUGGUGCUACAUGAGACUGUACUCCGCAGUCCGCCGAACGUCGCUGUGAUUAACUGCCAACUGCAUACUCUUGUGAUGCCGCGUGAUCUUGAAGUCGGCGACUUCUUGAACAACAUGAUCAAAGCGGUGGAAACAGAUCCAGCGCAAUCAUAUAAUCUACGUUAUUUGGACCUCUCGCAUAAUAGUUUGGACGAUUUGAGGAAUCUGACCGUGCUAGUGAAUCUGCAGACACUGAAGCUUGAGGGCAAUGGAAUUGACGAGAUUAAGCCAGAAACGUUCGCCAGGAUGAUCAACCUCUCAAUACUGACCCUUGGAUACAACCACAUUGUGAAGAUUGAUCUGAAGGUGCUACCCAAAAGCUUAGUAGGUCUCUCUCUGAUAAGAAACUACUUGAAGGAGAUCGAUUUCGCAUCCGUCUCCUUCGUCUUCAUGCGUAAACUGAAUCUUGAGAGCAAUCGAUUGACUGAGCUUGAUGUGGCCAGUAUGAUGCGAGCAUGUCCCGCACUGCAACUGCUUCCGAUCGAGUACAAUCCAAUAUCGAAGGAUGAGGCACAACGAAUCAUCACGGAACUGGACCAACACAAUGUGACCUAUUACAUCGAUGUCGACAAUGUCAGUGAUUCGAAUAGCUCCUGCGACUCGGAUGAGUAUCAGAUUGAUCGUAUGUGUUUCAGUACAUCUGUCCUGGGUCCAAAAACCUUCUUGAAAGCAUUCGUACUCAUCCUGGUGGGUAUAGUGUUACUCGGUGUGUUUGGGUUGAGCGCACGCUGGAUAUGGCAUGAAAUGCGAUAUUGAUAAGGCCCCAUUUGGCGAUUUCCUGCAAUCAUUAGAAUUGUUGAGCUGUUUCAUACUAUAAAUAAAAUAAAUAGUUGGAAUUGCAGAUUUGAAUUACAAUUGCAUUCACCGAAUACUGAAAAUGCGUAUUACGACUGAAAAGUAGUGUUCAGUGGUGGUGCAGAUUGAAAUAAAGACCAACACAUUAGCAGAAAAUCGAUAG